UUCCCUGAGAAACAAAUAACGUGUUUCCAGUUGGAAUCUCGCAGCUAGAAUUUCUUCAACAAUGGCAGGUAGAUGGAACCAAAUUCCUCUUCAUAUUCUGCAAGUGCUGUCAAUGGCCAUUGCUGUGGCGGCAGCAGUCCAUGUGGAGACCAGGAAGACGGUUCCGGUUUUCAUACUGGGAGACUCGACAGCCGAUGUCGGGACCAACAACCACCUGCCUGGCAGCAAUGCCAGGGCUGACUUCCAUCCCAAUGGGAUCGACUUUCCUUACGGCAGAGCCACCGGGAGGUUCAGCAAUGGCUUCAAUAGUGCCGACUUCUUAGCUAAGUUACUCGGCUUCAAGAGGAGCCCGCCCCCAUUUCUCUCCUUCAACACCUCAUCCGCCCUGGUGAAGCAUAGUCUCCGCGGGAUUAACUUCGCCUCAGGCGGCUCUGGUCUCCUGGGCGUUACCGGCCAAUCCAUGUCUGAGCUGACAGUCACGAGCCCGCCAGCUGCCUCGCAGAGGAGAGUUCGCAACGUGGUGACGCUAUCCGAGCAGGUAAAACAGUUCUUGACUGUCCAUAAGACUCUCAAGCUUGUGUUGGGCCAAGAAUACGCCAAGUCCUUCCUAUCGAAAUCCCUCUUCUUCAUCAGCAUUGGGAGCAAUGACAUCUUUGGGUACUUUCAAUCGAAGAGCACAAUUUCCAAGGCGGAUUUCAUUUACAGUCUCGGAUGUGCCUAUGAAACCCAUUUGAAGAAUCUUUACAAGCUCGGGGCGAGGAAGUUUGGGAUAAUAAGCAUCCCUCCAAUCGGAUGCUGCCCAUCGCAGAGGGUUUUCAACGAGACCGGCGGAUGCGUGGAGGAACUGAAUGACCUCGCGAAGGCCUUCCACUCGGAGCUCACAGCUAUCCUCAAGAAGCUGAACACACAGCCCGGGUACGAGGGCUUCAUCUACUCCCUCGGCAAUGCCUAUGACAUGACCAUGGACGUCAUUCUCAACCCUGCCCCAUUCAAGUUCAAGGACGUGCAGACGGCAUGCUGUGGUGGAGGCAGAUUCAACGGAGAAGCCAUUUGCGACCCGAAGGCAAGCCUGUGCUCAAAACGACAGCAGUACUUGUUCUGGGAUCGGUUCCAUCCGACAAAGGCCGCUUCCAAGUUGGCAGCCGCCACUCUCUUCGGCGGGGGUUCUCGAUACGUGUCUCCCAUAAACUUUGCACAGUUGGCCCAGGCAUAGAAAGUUACACAGCCUAAAUGAGACCACCCAAUUGAUACAACUUGGAACAGUCUCCAUUACCAUUUAAGAAUAAUCGAACCUUUCGGCUGCCAAUAGAAAAGUGGAGGGAAUAAGUCGGAAG